UGGGGAAGAAAUAAUUAAAAGUGACCAAAAUAAUAUAGUUUGAUGUGGGUUUGCUUAGGCGACGGCUAUUUGCAGUACCUAAACAACCGCCGUCACAUCCCCGCCGGUGGUGAUUUCCCGGCGAAGCACCGAACAACUCGAUCAGCAAGGUCCUAAGUUUGUUUCUGAAAAUAAUUGUGUAAGGUACGCUUAUGUAGCUGUUUUUGGUGUUUAAUCUUGCAUCUAUUGUGAUUCAUUCACUACAAAUGGCCUUAAAGAUUACUGAAAGAGGAAUCCAUGAAGCUGAAAAUCCAAUUGAAGUGUCUUUUAGAGAAGCUUUUGAGCUUCUUAAACCCCAACUAAACCCACCAUUUACCUUAAAAGUGCUAACAAAAGAGGAAUACUCAAACCUGAAUAAAGCUUUAAUAUUUGGCAUUUUCUCCCAACCCAAUUUGGCUGAAGUUCAUAUUAAGCAUCUACAUGCAAUUGUUAUUGAUGGGUAUGAUUUGUUUACUUGUAUGCUUGUCAAGAUUGUUGAUGAAUUGUAUGUAAAAUUGGUUGACUCUGUGAAAAUUCAGCUUAUAUGGGUUACUAAAGAGAUGUUGAAUGUAUUGGCUAUAGGAUUUGAUAAAUUGAUGGUGGCUCUUUUAAGGCAAAUUGUAGGUGGGGAUUUUAGUGAGGGAAAUUUGUGGUUGUGUUUGGAGAUGGUUGCACUGUUUUUAGCCAAUUGGGAUUGUUUAUUAGAGGAAGAACCAUUGAUGUUGAAUAAGGGGUUGUAUGUGUUCCUUCGAUUAUUGGCCGAUCAUUAUGGAGUUCCAAGUAAUCCAAUGAUUGAUGGAUUGAAGAGAAUGGAGGUUGUAUUCUGUGUUCGACUUUUGAGGGAACAAUUUCUUUUGUGUUUGAAGAUAGGGAGGGACUUAAUUAGGCUUUUGCAAGACUUGGUUCAUAUACCUGAGUUUAAAGCCAUAUGGAGAGACUUGUUAUUGAAUCCAAGACACUUUGGGGUGGAUGGAUUUAAAGAUAUUUCACAAAUUUACCACACAAAAACUCCAAGUUCAUACUUUUUGCUUCGAGUAACUCCUGAAAUGGAAACUAAAUUGAGGUUUUUGCUUACACAUGUCAAGUUGGGUAACCAAAAGAGGUACCAGGUUUGGUUCGCUAAGAAGUUCCUUGGAGUACCUGGGAGUGAAGUCAUUUUAACCGACAUUGUUAGGUUUAUAUGCUGUUCAGUUCAUCCAUCCAGUGAAAUUAUGCAACCAGAUAUCUUACCCAGAUGGGCUGUGAUUGGUUGGCUAUUGACGUCGUGCAGGAAGAGUUAUGUCCAAGCAAACUUGAAGCUCGCAUUGUUUUAUGAUUGGCUUUUCUAUGAUGAAACCACUGAUAAUGUAAUGAACAUUGAGCCUGCAAUUCUUUUGAUGGUGAACUCUAUACCCAAUUAUAUUGAAGUUACCCGUACUCUUCUCGAGUUCCUACUAAUUGUGGUUGACAACUAUGAUAUUGAGAGGAAGGAGAUAGUCUCCAGAGGGGUGUCAACAGCUCUUUCUACACUAGUUAAAAGAGGAGUUGUUAGUUCACUUGAUGUUUUGACUCGUUGUGACAUGAUAGCACCAGUUCAUAGGGAAAUGUUUGGAAAAUUGGUAUUGGUCAUGCAAGGUAUCCAUUCCCAAAAAAUAGGAUCAGCCAGUAUCAUCCAUGAUAUAUCACCACCACCUAGCCAUUUGCUCUCAUCAAGCUUGGGAUCCCAACACCCUAACAGGGUGAACUGUAAUUAAUUGUGUCAUCACAGGCAUAUACAGGGAAGAUCUGUUGAUGCAUCACUUUCGCCUCCCAAAGAAUUGCUUGUGAUCCUUUUGUCCCAACAGGCGGUUAAGUUCCACUCAACUGGAUACAAGUUUCAAGGAGAAGUUUGAAAUCAAGGUGAUAGGAGAAACAUCUCUUUCGCCUCCCAAAGAAUUGCUUGUGAUCUUUUUGCCCCAAUAGCUAAAGUUGGACUCAAGUGAUGAAAGUUUCAAGGAGAAGUUCAAAAUCAAGGUGAUAGGAAGUUUUUCUGGGUAAUUCUUGAUACCUGAAGAUUUGGGUAUGAAAUCAAGGUCUUCUUUGAAGUAUCUACAUCUUCUGUCCAUAGAAAUCUCCUACAUAGGCUCUCAAUGCAAGCUUUCUUUGGCAACUGAGACCAAAAUUACUCUACUUUUAUUGCAUUUGGACUUUAUUUUCAAUUUGCUGGUUCUGAAAGUUACGGCUACUGAGUAGUUUCUAGCCUUGAAAUCUUAAUUGUUUCACAAAUAUAUUGUUGUGCAGUAUGAUGUUUAAACCAUAA